CGAGCCGCGGGGCGGACGCUGGGAGCAGCGGCCGGGCCGAGGAGCGCGGCGCGGGCGGGCGUUCCUCGCAGCUUUGCUGCCGUCGCCGCCGCCGCGAUCCGCUGCUCGAGCGCUCCUCGUCCUUCCGUCCCCUCCCCUGCUCUCCAGCCUGGGGUCUCGAGGCGGGGAGCGGAGGGAAGGGACGGAGGAGGAGGAGGAGGAGGAGGAGAAGGCGGCGGCGGGAGCCGUGGGAGGGGCGGAGGGGGUCCCGGCGCGGGGCGAGGAGCCGCCGUUUCCUCGCCCGGUGCCACGGCCCGCGCGCGCGGGGCUCCCGGGCGCCCGCACUAUGCAGGCGGCCCUGCGGCCGCGGCGAUGGCGAGCCGGCGGGUGCUGAGAGCCGGCUGCCGCGAGCACGGGGUCCGGGGCUGGGCCGCGGCCGCCCUGCCGGGCCCCGGCCCCGGCCCCCUCCCUCCCCGCGCCAACUCCUCCUUCCCCAUGCCUCCGGCCCUCCUGCUGUUGCUGCUCCUGCUCCUGCUGCUCGAAGACGCCCGGGCGCAGCAAGGUGACGGAUGUGGACAUACUGUCCUGGGCCCUGAAAGUGGAACUCUUUCAUCCAUAAACUAUCCCCAGACCUACCCCAACAGCACCGUGUGUGAAUGGGAAAUCCGGGUGAAGAUGGGCGAGAGAGUGCGCAUCAAAUUUGGUGACUUUGACAUUGAAGAUUCUGAUUCUUGUCACUUUAAUUAUUUGAGAAUUUAUAAUGGAAUUGGAGUUAGCAGAACUGAAAUAGGCAAAUAUUGUGGUCUGGGAUUGCAGAUGAACCAUUCAAUUGAAUCGAAAAGCAAUGAAAUUACAGUGUUGUUCAUGAGUGGAAUCCAUGUUUCUGGACGAGGAUUUUUGGCUUCAUACUCAGUUAUAGAUAAACAAGAUCUAAUUACUUGUUUGGACACUGCAUCCAAUUUUUUGGAACCUGAGUUCAGUAAGUACUGUCCAUCAGGUUGUCUGCUUCCCUUUGCCGAGAUAUCUGGAACAAUUCCUCAUGGAUAUAGAGAUUCCUCUCCAUUAUGUAUGGCCGGCGUGCAUGCAGGAGUAGUGUCGAACGUUUUGGGUGGCCAGAUCAGUGUUGUAAUUAGUAAAGGUAUCCCGUACUAUGAAAGUUCACUGGCCAACAACGUCACAUCUGUGGUGGGACACUUAUCUACAAGCCUUUUUACAUUUAAGACAAGUGGUUGUUACGGAACACUGGGAAUGGAAUCGGGUGUGAUUGCGGAUCCUCAGAUAACAGCAUCGUCUGUGCUGGAGUGGACUGACCACACGGGGCAAGAACACAGCUGGAAGCCGGAAAAGGCCAGGCUGAGGAAACUGGGACCUCCCUGGGCUGCUUUUGCCACUGAUGAAUAUCAGUGGUUGCAAAUAGAUCUAAAUAAGGAAAAGAAGAUAACAGGCAUUAUAACCACUGGCUCUACGAUGGUAGAACACAAUUACUAUGUGUCAGCCUAUAGAAUUCUGUACAGCGAUGAUGGACAGAGAUGGACUGUGUAUAGAGAGCCUGGUGUGGAGCAGGAUAAGAUAUUUCAAGGAAACAAAGAUUAUCACCAGGAUGUGCGUAAUAACUUUUUGCCACCAAUUGUUGCACGUUUUAUUAGAGUGAAUCCUACCCAAUGGCAACAGAAAAUUGCCAUGAAAAUAGAACUGCUUGGAUGUCAGUUUAUACCCAAAGGUCGUCCUCCAAAACUUACUCAACCCCCACCUCCUCGGAACAGCAAUGACCUCAGAAACACGACAGCCCCUCCCCAAAUAGCCAAAGGUCGUGCCCCAAAAUUGACUCAACCACUACAACCUCGCAGUAGAAAUGAUUUUCCUGCACACAAGGAACAAACAACUGCAGCUCCUGAUAUUAAAAACACGACAGUGACUCCAAAUGUAACCAAAGAUGUAGCCCUGGCAGCAGUCCUUGUUCCUGUGCUAGUCAUGGUCCUCACCACUCUCAUCCUUGUGUUAGUAUGUGCUUGGCAUUGGAGAAACAGAAAGAAAAAAACCGAAGGCACCUAUGAUUUACCUUAUUGGGACCGAGCAGGUUGGUGGAAAGGAAUGAAGCAGUUUCUCCCCGCCAAAUCAGUGGAGCAUGAAGAAACCCCAGUUCGCUACAGCAGUAGUGAAGUUAAUAACCUGAGUCCAAGAGAAGUCACCACAAUGCUGCAAACGGAUUCUGCAGAGUAUGCACAGCCACUCGUGGGAGGAAUUGUUGGCACGUUUCACCAGCGCUCUACCUUUAAACCAGAAGAAGGAAAAGAAGCAGGCUAUGCCGACCUGGACCCAUACAACUCCCCAGCGCCAGAUGUUUAUCACGCCUAUGCGGAACCGCUCCCAAUUACUGGGCCCGAGUAUGCAACCCCAAUCAUUAUGGAUAUGUCAGGGCACCCCACAGCUUCCGUCGGUCUGCCCUCAACAUCCACCUUCAAAGCUGCUGGGAACCAAGCUCCCCCUCUUGUGGGAACGUACAGCACUCUUCUUUCCAGAACUGACAGCUGCUCCUCUGCCCAGGCCCAGUACGAUACCCCAAAAGGUGGGAAGCAGGGUCCAAAUGGCCCAGAUGAACUGGUGUACCAGGUGCCACAGAGCACACAGGAGGUAUCAGGAGCAGGGAGGGAGGGCGGAAGUGAUGUCUUUCAAGAAAUCCUUUGAAGAUGAUGCUUUUAAAAAGCAUCGUUUUAAGCACAUAUCUUUUCCUUUUCUUUCUUUUCUUUUUCUUUUUUUUUGUAAUAGUGGGUAGUAAUAUAUAGAAUGUAUUACAGUAUUACGUAUCUGUCAUGGAUAUGGUUGGGGAAAAUAUGUUGACCAAGGUACAGGAAACUACUAAUCUUGCCAUCUUCCUUUUAAAGUGUUACUGUGGCACAGGUACUGCUUGCCCGUUAAAUUUUGAACAUCAUGUUUGUUACUACUGUAAGACAUUAUUUUUCAUCCAGAAAAAAAAAAGAUCCUUUCUAUGCACUUCAAAGAAAUUCAGAAUCACUGAGAGUAAGUAUUUAUUACCAAUGCUGCAGGUAUAUUAAUGAACUCAAGAGAUGGCUCUGUAAGCCUAAAUGGCAAUAAUGCAUGGUACUGUUCUCGAAAUAUCUAAUGGCUUGAAAUUCUGCUUUUUGU